AUGUCUAGUUGGAUUGCAAUAACUAGGCAGCUGAGGCAGACCAAAGUCAUGUUUAGUCGGAACAUUUGCAGGUCGAAUAUAUGCCAUUCGGAAAAUGUUGAUACAAAUUCUGCAGAUAAAGUUGGUGGAUUUGCAAAGGCUUAUGAAAAACAGAGUCACAUACUUGAUGUUGAGAGCACUCCUCCACCCACAUUUGCAUCGCUUUUACGGAAUUCAAAACUAGUCGAUCUAGGAGAUCCUGUCGGAAAGAUUGUGGUAGGUAAGAUAUUUCAUGUAGUAGAAGACGAUUUGUAUAUUGACUUUGGCUGGAAAUUUCAUUGUGUGUGCCCAAGACCAUCUAUCAGGGCUGAAGAUUAUGUUAGAGGAGCAAGAGUAAGAAUCCAAAUCAAGGAUCUGGAGCUAUCAUCAAGAUUCCUCGGUUCUAGUACUGAUCUAACCCUUUUAGAAGCUGACUGUAAAUUACUUAGUCUUGUAUCAAGUCCAGUGAAAUCCAGUGAAAAGACGACAUAG